AUGGGCAGUUUACCCGAAGCGCGCUGUAACGCUCUCCCGCUUUUUCUUGACGGCAAUGUGGCAGAGAAUGAGUACCUGCUCCUGAGCCUCGAUAUGCUUCUGAAAACCGACACACCGCCCGGCGAUACAGCGAACUCGGAAGAUCCUCUCGCAAACUUUGUUCACGGCGCUUUCAGUGCGGGCGAAGGACUCGUGUUCGAUGGUUUGCUGCCGGACGAGGUGUCGUUUCUGGUCGAGCGGAUGAGGCACGAUAUGGGCGCGACCAGCCGAGGCCGCGGUAACUGUGACGGUCCAACCGCCCCAGAUACCAUAUCUUCGGACACAGGUUUCACCGUGGACGACGAGGAGCGCCGGUCUGUGCUUUGCAGCAAAAAUGCGGUCUUUUCGCUCUGGCGACAAGAAACCUCCAACUCGUUGUUGGUCUUUGAGCCUUGCGAGUCGGCGUCGGGCGCCAAGCAGUCGCGUUGCUUGCGCCUGCGCGCUGCGCUUCACAGCGUCUUGCAAUGCCAACGCAUGGUACCGCGAUUUCGUACCCUAAUCAAGUUCAUGAAGACUUUCGCGGUGUACGAAAUGGAUCUCGAAGGAGUCUCCUGGGAAACGCUCCUGUGUUUGAGUCAUGCCUCCGAAAGCGAACUGCGUGCCAGCAUGUCAGAGAUAGGCAUCAUCUUCGAUCCCGUUUCGUCCAAGUAUUGGAUCCUCGACCCCCGGGGCCGCGAGCGUCUUCUAGAGCAUCUUCUUGACACAAUCCUCGUGCACCGUUUGCCGGUCACGAAUGUUUCAAGACCGUUGUUGGAGACGGCUCUCCUCGAAAUGGACAUUAUUGACGGAAAUCUCGCGGCCUUUGCAAUCGCCAGAUGGUUCCGCCCGAAUCCACAGACACCAGAUAUGCUCGACCUGCACAUUUCGGAUGUCGUUCGCGACUUGGUCCCAUGUUUGCUGCGACGACAACGCAACGCCUCAAUGGAUCUGAAAGAACUCAUGGAGCAGAUCCAGCGACGACUACCAUCCGAUACAUCUUUUGACACCGAGCAUGCGCUGCAGUCGCUCCAUGGGGUGGCAAUCAUGCUCCCAUCGCUGGAGCGCUUCCGCAACUCUAGCAAAUCGUCGCCUGCACCUGAGCACUUGGUUUCGUCAGAGCAGAGCUCGCUGUUAUCUGACCCCGCAACACUUCUACCAUCAUGCCCGAGUGCAUCCAUGCGCGUGCAGCUCUUGGAAGCCGAUGCUUUGCCACAGAAACCAGAAACGCGCCUCGCAAUGCUCUUUGGUCUCAAGAAACAGUGGACACGCACAGAGCUUGACCCGUACAUAGCUGAUAUUCCCGAAUCGGAUUUGCAGCGUUUCCUGCGGCCAGUUCGAGGUCCGUUCGGCGCUCUCGAUCAACUGCAGCGCUUCGAAUGGCGAGGUCUCGGGAAGCCCUCUGAAACCUCCGUGCCUCAUCGGAAAUGA